GGCCCAAGAACAGACACCAGUUUCCUUGUGUGAAGUUUCGACUCACAACUCUCGACCCUCGGUCCCUCGUCAGUCAUCAUCAGAGAAAACGCAGCUGAUUUUGGAGGAGAAUGGGUGAAGUUUUGUUGGAGCUUGAACAAAAUCUCAGGUCGGGAAAGGACCAAAUGACCCUACAAGAGCAAGAUUUCUUUCAUAGAUGUAAGUCCAAGGCUGUUAGGCAGUUCUCUGCUGGUGUAAUUGCUGGAGGUGGUCUUGCCUGGACUGCAAUGUGGAAGCUGAAUACGUUAGUUCGGCUAAACGCCUCAGUGGGAGCUGCUACUAUAUUUGGAUUGUGGAGAUUUGGUAGCUCACUAGAGUCGUGUGUUGACCAUGUUCUUGCAUUAGAUGGAAGUCGGAUGCAGAGAGAAUUAGCAGAUAUAAUAGUGAAGAAAUAUAGGGAUGAUCCUUCGAAGAUGCGACUUAUCUCUAAACAUUUCUAUUCGGAGGAAGUAUUUGAUGAUUCAACAUCAGAGCCAAGAUUAAGGUGGCGUUAUCGAAAUUUCUAUAGCGAUAAUAUCAGUCAUGAUCAAGGAACUCAUGAUCAUUCCCAGAAUGACUCCCAUAAUGCCACCCCCAGUGAUUUCCACAAUAACUCUGGCAGCAAAAAGACUGAUUUGAGGUCUAAGCAAAUUCCUGUGAACUCUGGUAUCGAUCUGAUGGCAGACCCGCUAGAUUGUGUUUUUGGUUAUACUGAAACAGCAGAGGAGAUUCAUCAUUCUAGCACCUCAAAUGUGCCAAGCAGAGCACAGAGUCGUGCCCAUAAGAGAGCUCACCGUAGGCGUCGAUUGCGUCAUCAGGAAGGUUCUUUGGGCUCUCAUGAUGAGUAAUGUAUAUUGGGAAGGAAAUCAGAGAAGAGUGUUAAUAUAAACUGGAUUUCUACAGGAUUAUUUGAGGGUUUGAAGGCAUGAAUAUUGUGAAGUGCAUUUGCAUCAUGAAAGUCAUACUGUUGACAUGGAAUUGAUAAAUAAAAUGGAUUGAAGGUCUCAGUAUCCGUUUUAGACAAUGUCUGGUUGUGUUACCUAAUGCAUCGGUUAAAAUAUUGGGUCUGAUUCAUAUUAGAAGCAAUAUAGCUAUUUUCCUGAGCCUACAUAUCAAUAGUGAUGAAGGUAUGCUUGUUGGCAUUCUGGAUGACUUGCUGGGUCAUAAUAUUGGCAACAAGAAGGCUGAUAGAGGAGUAAAUAGCACCAGAACAGAGAAAAUACAUGACUAGAUUCCCUUCAGCCUUGAGGUUUAGUCAAAGCACCUAAGUAUCAAGAAGUUCAACAAACUGUUCGGUCCGGGCAGGCCUGACCUUUAGUACCUCUGGAAGUUUUUUUAUUUUGUGACCUAUAC